AUGCGCUACGUUACGAAGAUUGACCUUGAUUUACCGGGGGAUGCUCAGCCUCAGGUACACAACCGGUGGCACCCGGAGGUCCCCGCCACCGAAACCAUCACCCCGGGAGAAACCGUGAAGAUCGAGUGUAUGGACUGGACGGGCAACCAAAUCAAAAACGACGACUAUGCCGAUGAUAUUCUCCACGUCGAUUUAACCAGGAUUCAUUAUCUAAGCGGUCCUUUCCAUAUUGAAGGUGCUCAACCAGGCGAUGCUCUCUUAGUGGAAAUCAAAGAUGUCCAACCACUUGAACGCCAGCCAUGGGGAUACGGUGGUGUGUUUCACGUUGAUAAUGGUGGAGGGUUUCUCGACCGAUUUUACCCUGAAGCAGCGAAGACGAUAUGGGACUUUGAAGGUGUUCAAGCCACGCUGAGACACUUACCUCACGUUAAGUUUAGCGGGUUGGUCCAUCCAGGGAUCAUGGGCACCGCUCCAUCAGCGCUGGUACUUAAUGAGUGGAAUUCUCGUGAAUCGUCAUUGAAGGAGAGAAUCCAGGCUCACCACCAUACCGCGGUGGCUCAGCUUCCUAACCCUAAAGGAGCUCAUGGCGGUCACGCUAAAGGUGAUGUCGCUACCAAAAUCGCUAGUGAAGGGGCCCGGACGAUUCCGGGACGACCGGAAAACGGGGGCAAUUGCGAUAUUAAGAAUCUUGGUCGGGGGCUGAAAUGCUACUUUCCAGUAUACGUUCCUGGAGCGAACUUCUCCAUUGGCGACCUUCACUUCUCUCAGGGCGAUGGAGAAAUCCUGUUUUGCGGCGCCAUCGAAAUGGCGGGCGUCGUCACCUGUCUGUUCUCCGUCAUCAAAGACGGCACUAAGGAAUUACUGCUUAAACUGCCGAUGUUCAUCGCUGGCGACGUCCCCACGCAGUACGGGCCCGCCCGCUACUUAACGUUCGAAGGGUUCAGCGUCGACGAAAAGGGCCACCAGGAGUUUAUGUGUGCCACCACCGCCUACCGCCAGGCGUGUAUCCGGGCGAUCGAGUACUUGCGGCGGUACGGCUAUAGCGACUACCAGAUCUACAUGUUGCUCAGCUGUGCUCCCAUCGAGGGCCACAUCGCCGGGAUCGUCGAUGUGCCCAAUGCUUGUACCACGUUGUCGCUUCCGAUGGACAUCUUUGACUUUGACAUUCGCCGCGUCGAGGCAAAGCUGGUGGUGGCAUCUGACUGUGCCUAUGUGAAAGGGGCCAGCCAUAAAGUAAUCUAUGAGUUUUAA